AUGCUUCGGCAAAAAGCUCUAUUUACUGUCACACUAAAACGAAGCAAUUCUUUUCUUAUCGGACAACGAUCUCGUCAAUCAACGUGGAGUAAUGUGCCGCAAGCUCCACCCGAUAAAAUUCUUGGAUUAAAAGAUUUGUUCCAAGCUGAUGACAAUCCAAAUAAAAUAGAUUUGGGGGUUGGUGCAUAUAGAGACAAUAAUGGGAAUCCUUGGAUUCCCCUUUCUGUUCGACAUGCCGAGAACAUUCUCUAUAACACUGAGAAAGAAAAAGAAUAUUCACCAAUACUAGGAAACAAUACUUUCAUCACAUGCGUCCAAAGGUUGUUAUUCAGUCAAGAUGCCUAUGGAAGAAGGCUAUUAAAUGAUGGCAGGAUAGCCACUGCUCAGGGUCUAUCUGGGACAGGAUCUCUUAAAAUUCUGGCAGAAUUCUUGCGGCGCUUUAAUCCCGAGAGUCCAGUCAUGCUGCCGGAUCCAACAUGGGCGAAUCACAAAUCAAUCAUGCAGUAUUCAGGUCUCCGUACUGAGACAUAUCGUUAUUAUGAUUGUAACAAGAAAAGCAUUAAUAUUGAAGGAAUGUUGGGUGACAUUAAUAUGUGCAAGCCGGGAACUGUGGUUCUGAUUCACCUCUGCUGUCACAAUCCAACCGGAGCAGAUCUAAAAUUAGAGGACUGGCAUAAAGUUAUAGAAAUCAUGCAUCACAAAGAACUCAUACCUUUCUUUGAUUCUGCCUAUUUGGGAUUAUGCUCGGGAGAUCCAAUUAAAGAUUUAAAGCCAUUAUUCAUGGUUAAUAAGGCUGUUGUUGAAGGACAUUUACCUACAUAUCUUUUAGCGCAAUCUUUUGCAAAGAAUAUGGGAUUGUAUGGCGAAAGGGUUGGUUCUUUCUCUAUCAUCUGUUCAGAUAAAAGUGAGAAACAGCGUGUGAACUCGCAGCUCGCACAAAUUGUGCGAUCCUCAUAUUCUUCACCGCCAUGUCAUGGAUCCAAAUUAGUAAGUAUCAUUCUCAGUAACGAGAACCUAUACUCUGAAUGGUUGAUGGAUAUUAAAACGAUGGCCGAAAGAUUGAACUCGGUUAGAAUCAUGUUGUUUGAAAGCUUAACUAACAAGUAUCAUAGUGAUGUUGAUUGGAGUCACUUACUUACACAGAGAGGUAUGUUUUGCCUAAGUGGAUUGACAAGGCAGCAGGUCCAAAGACUUAGAUCCGAACGAUCUAUUUAUAUGACUUCUGAUGGUAGGAUAUCAUUAGCCGGUAUAAAUUCGAGUAAUCUGGAUUACUUGGCCAGAUCAAUAUGUGAUGUUACUUCAAAAAAAUAA